AUGUGCUCGAGGCCAACCUUCUUUCAUAUCUGCAAAGUCUUCCACAACACCAACUCACGCUACAGCAAGACAACGCCAGCAUCCAAGUCAUGGCUUCAGUCAAAACAAGUGCCUUUUCUGGAUUGGCCUGUGUGCUCCCCCGAUCUCAAACCCAUUGUGAAUCUGUGGGGAAUGCUUGCUCGUCGAGUUUAUGGCAAUUCCACACAAUACGCAAAUGUUCAAGCGCUCAAAGAUGCCAUGGCCCGCGAGUGGAAUGCCAUACCAAGAAGCACCAUCAAGAAGCUAGUUGCCAGCAUGUUGAGUCAAAUAUUUGACGUGAUCAGUCGUCAGGGACAGACAACAAAACAU